UUCACGUCUCAUCAUGGCUUUCCGGUCGCCGCAAAACCGCCCAAGCCGCGCCGCGCAGCACGUGUGACGAUUCGCUGACGCCACAUAACCCGAGAGAGAGAGAGAGAGAGAGAGAGAGAGAGAGAGAGAGAGAGACUGCCGAGGACCCUACAACGUCUUCUCCUCUGUUGGGCGAUAGCUACAUCUGCGGCAGAACACACCAACUCGCAGUCGCAUCAGUAAACCUGCUUCUCCAACGCCGGCGACAUGGAGGUCCCCAGCCUGGGCCACAACCUCACCAGCCCGAUGAGUCCGUGUGAGGGCAUGGUGAACAACCUCAGCUUGGAAAGCCUGGAGCUAUGCGAGAGAGACGGAGGCAAGCCGGAGGCGAGCGGCAUGGUAGAGAUGGAGGAGCUCCCUGUUCCCCACGACAUCAAGAUCAGCAACAUCACAUGCGACUCCUUCAAGAUUUGCUGGGACAUGGACCCUCGGGUCAAGGAGAAAAUAACACACUACUUCAUAGACCUGAACAAAAAGGAGAACAAGAACUCCAAUAAGUUCAAACACAAGGACGUCCCCACCAAACUGGUUGCUAAGGCAGUGCCGUUGCCAAUGACAGUGCGAGGCCAUUGGUUCCUGAGCCCGCGCACAGAGUACACAGUUGCCGUGCAGACAGCCUCCAAACAGAGUGAUGGGGAUUACGCUGUAUCGGAGUGGAGUGACAUCAUUGAGUUUUGCACUGCUGAUUAUUCCACAGUUCAUCUGAAUCAACUGAUGCAGAAAGCAGAGGCCAUCGCUGGAAGAAUGCUUAAAUUCUCAGUGUUCUACAGGAAUCAACACAAAGAGUACUUCGACCAUGUCAAAGAGGUUCAGGGGAGUCGUAUGCUCCCUUCAGUGAAGGACAACAGUGGCAGCCAUGGUUCCCCCAUCAGUGGCAAGCUGGAGGGCAUCGUAAUCAGCUGCAACACAGAGUUCAAUACGGGCCAGCCUCCCCAGGACUCCCCCUACGGCCGCCUGCGCUUUACGGCGCCCGCCCAGACCCUGUUCGGCCCGCACACUCGUCUUUACUUCGGUGACUUCUACUGUAUGUACACGGCUUACCACUACGUCAUCCUGGUGGUGGCCCCAAGGGGCUCACCUGGCGACAUCUUCUGCCAGGACCGGCUGCCGGAGCUCAACGUGGCUGACAACCGCUUCCUGACGUGCGUGGCAACCGAGGACGGGCAGCUGGAGUUCCGACACGCCCAGGACGUGAUCCUGGAGGUCAUCUACACUGAGCCUGUGGAGCUGGCUCAGGGGACUGUAGCCGAGAUCAGCGGACACCAGCUCAGUAGCCUGUCCACUCUCGACGCCAAGAAGGACCCAAGCUGCAAGACGUGCAACAUUAGCGUGGGGCGCUAGUGCAAACGCUAAAGCUAAUGCUAAGCUAACUCCGCUAAUGCUUGGCUAAAGCUAAACCUCAGUGGUUUCAAAACCUUCAUUCUUGAUCCUAUGCCCUUAUAAACUCAGACAUUAGUGUUGGCUGCAAAAGAUGGAUCCAGCAGUCUCCAUGUUGCCCGUUGCAUUGAAAACGCCAACUGAUCUCCCUCAACUCUUGUGUAAUGUUGUUGUCAGUGUGGAAUGUCUCUGCGUGAUUUCAAUGACUGCAUUGGAAUCUACACCCUGAACAGGUCUUAAAAUAUGAUAUAUGUGAAAAGCUGAACAUGCAAUCCCCUCUCCUGUUACAAAGCAAAAAAUAAAGAGACACCCUCCUGUCUUUUACCUGAAAACACCAAAAUGCCACCUGUAACCCCGUCAGGCCUAUCCAUAGUUGUCCCAGGAAUUCCAGGAACAUGGUGAAAUGGUUGACAGACACACACCGCCCCUUUAAACAGAUCUUUUGAUACCCUUUAUGUUUUCCCUGGCUGCAGACUGUGUUAAUAUUAUUGUUUUAUUUUGGAAAUCAAAAUGCAGCUCUCUGUUCUUCUCCACCUGCUUUAUUUUCUCUUCCAUUUUUAGAGGGGAUUGAUAUGUUAAUGUUUUCAUUCCUCUGUGCGUAGGCCUACUGGUCUCUCUGUGUGUGUGUGUGUGUGUGUGUGUGUGUGUGUGUUUGUGCCUGUUUAUCUUGUGUGAGAAACAAGACUGAGAAACAACACUGAGUGAGUGUUAAGUCAAUUCUCUCUGCCUCUUCGUCUGCAUUGUGUCUUUGUCUCCCCCAAGUGGCCGUUUAUAUGUUCUGAGUGGUGCAGUCUCAUGCUUUAUAUACCAAAGGCUCAGAGACACAGAGACACACCCUAAGAGCCACACUGCCACAAGCUUCUAUGAUGGCUGAUUCUGAGGACUGGGAAGGCCUGUUUGUCUGUCCCUGUUGACAGAUGUCGUUAUUUCCGAUGUCAUGUGAUGAAAUCGUAAGGCCCAUGUGUUGUCACAAGCAUGAACUGUAACCAAAUGCAGACAUAUAUGUCCUUCCACCCUCUAUCACUAUAUCUCCAAGUCUGAGUCCUAGUCAGUCCAUGGGCGUAUUUACCAAGGAUUAGUCUCAUUUUAUGCACACUUCAGUCAUUAGUGAACUUAGGGAGUUGAGCAUUUGCAGUCACAUUUUGCUUCCUUUCUGCAGUCAAUGAGAUGAGAAUUGUGUUCACAAGCUGACAUGUUUCUAGGAGUAUCCAUUUUGUCAUCCAAAUUCCAAGAUGAUGGAAUCCAAUAUAACAUGCCAGUACUGUUUAAACAACUGCAUGUGAUUUAAAAUGUGAUGUCAUAAUUAUAUUGGCAACUCUAAAAUGGGAAGAGGUUGCUGUUGGGUGUUCUGGAAAAAAAUGGAAAUAUCACAUUUGAUCUCCAAUUCUGACUGAAGGAAUUAACUUUCUUGAGUCUUGUAAAGAAAUGUGGAAAUAAGCAGUUGUAUGGCAUUGCACUUUCCUUUGCAUGAGGUGCAACUUUACCUUUUUUACAUUGUGAACCAAACAAAAUUCACUUAUAUGGAAGAAAUCAAUUGAAUGUCAUGGAAUUGACACCAUCUCAUUGUAUUGAUAAAAGGAAUGAGGAUGUCAUGCAUUAGUGUGGUAAUUAUACAAACGUCAUUUAUGACUGGAGUUCAUAGACAGAAAAAAUGUGAAGGACUAGUCUUUAUGAGCCUGUGUGUUAGAAAAUAGACCAGCAUUUAACAGCAGAAAUUCAGAGAAUAAUUUGCGAUCACCAUAGAGGCAGUUGGCCAGACCUUCUGACCUGCCAAAAGGUACCUGUUACGAUGACCCGUUAUCAUAUGCAAUUAAUGAGCAAAGGAAAUCAUCAUACAUCUGUUGGACAGUUUCUGACCGUCACUGUGAUUACUGUGUUGUCAAAAACAAUUAUAGAUGGCUUUACAAAGACUAUGUUGACAUCUACAAAUGUUGACAUCUGGUUAGGCACCAUGAAAUAUUACAAUUGCUGCAAUUUGAUUUCUAGUCAUAAAAUGCUGGGACAAAAUGGAAUGUUUGCUGUGUUUAGAGAAGACUGGAAAGUGGCAGACAUAUUGCAGAUUAUCCUUUUAAAUUCUGUAAACUCCUUGUUACUCUAUCAUGUUGAAGUGUCUCAAAAAGCCGUCUUUUUAAGAGUAGGAUUCCAGUCAUAUGUUGUGCAGAGUGUGUUGAAUUGACUUAGCAAGGCCUUUUGUAGUGUGCAUUUGGCUUUGAAGCUCCUGAACCAGCUGUGCUGUUGUCACAUUUCACUUCGCCAACAGUGAACAGAAGCUGCACGAAUCCAGACAGCCCGCCCUUCCAAGGAUGCUCCCCUGCCUUACUUGAAAUGCUUUGUACAGUACCUGUUCUAUUGCCGUUUUAACCUCAAUACGUGGACAUAUCACUGAGGGAAGCAGUCAUUCUCUAACCUUUCUCUUUCUGUUGCUCUCAGCUUCCCUUUAUCAUUCACUCUGUGUGUCAUGCUGUUGUGCUCUCUCUCUCUCUUUCCUAUUUCAUGAAUGUUCCUUUUUCUUUAUCUGACAGCAGUGGUGUGAUCAACACCAAAUGUGACUGUUUAUUAAAAGACCAUUCAGGUGUGUA